AAUAGACCCCUUUUCCCAAUAAACCCUAAUUCCUUGCGGCUUCUUCUUCUUCCUCCUCCUCCAUUCCUCUGUAAUUAUCAAAUGUUUGGUGUUUCGAUGAGAACAUUAAUCUCACCAUCUCUUGCUCCCUUCUCUCUUCAUCUCCAUAAACCCUCUCUCUUCUCCACCGCUCUUCGCUUCUCCUUCUCAAUCAACAACAUAACCCCCACAAAUUCACCUCCUUCCACCAUUUCCACCAGAAAGCUACAAACGAAAGCGACGAGGGUAACAUCAUCAUCAUCAUCUCAGCCGCUCUCCUCCUCAUCUCCCGGCGAAAUCCACGUCGUAGUCGGUCCAAUGUUCUCCGGUAAAACAACAACACUUCUCCGCCGUAUACUCGCCGAAAGAGAAACCGGUAAAAGAAUCGCAAUCAUCAAAUCCAACAAAGACACAAGAUACUGCACCGAAUCAAUAGUUACUCACGACGGUGAGAAAUACCCUUGCUGGUCACUCCCCGAUCUCUCGUCCUUCAAAGAGAGAUUCGGAUUCGACGACUACGAGAAUCGAUUAGAUGUGAUUGGAAUCGACGAAGCUCAAUUCUUCGGAGAUCUUUACGAGUUUUGCCGUGAAGCUGCUGAUAAAGAGGGUAAAACUGUAAUUGUUGCUGGAUUGGAUGGUGAUUUUAUGAGGAGGAGGUUUGGUUCGGUUCUUGAUUUGAUUCCGAUUGCGGAUACGGUUACGAAGCUGACGUCACGGUGUGAGGUUUGUGGGAAGAGAGCUUUGUUUACGAUGAGGAAGACGGAGGAGAAAGAGACGGAGUUGAUCGGUGGUGCUGAAGUUUAUAUGCCUGUGUGUAGGAGUCAUUACGUUUGCGGUCAAAACGUUUUGGAAACCGCUCGUGCCGUUUUGGAUUCAAGCAAUAAUCAUAGUGUUGUAGCAAGUUCACUUUAGUUUGUAGGAUUUGAGAGUGUUUAGAUAUUUGGUUUAUUAGCUUUGAGAUAUUUGGAAUUUUAAACAUAAUUAUGUACUAUUUAAUCAAUGAUUUUAAGAUAACACUCUUAUUUGUGAAUUUCUUGUAGAAACCCUUAUAUCGAAAAAAUUU